CGAAUUGUCAUUAACCAUAAGCAUCAGCAGCUCGGAUUUCGGCUCAAAAUUCCUAUAAGAACCCAAAUGUCGAAGUAUUCGAAAGCGAAGAAAUGGGAGAAAUGCCCGCCGAAACUGUCCAAAAUAUCCGUCUACCAAAUGGGCAAAGUGAUAGGCAAAGGCACCUACAGCAAAGUGUGUUUGGCCGUGCACACCGUGACGCAGAAGAAGUUCGCCUGUAAAAUAAUCAGCAAAAAAGCUUCGGCAGACGAUUAUUACAUACAGAAAUUCCUGCCGAGAGAGCUGAAGAUAAUAUCGCGCGUCCAGCACCCGAACAUCGUGACCUUCUACAACGUCAUCAACACGCCGAACAACGUCUACGUGCUGAUGGACUACUGCAAGCACGGCGAUCUGCUGGAGUUCAUCCGCGAACGCGGCCCGUUCGACGAGAACAAAACCAGGUUGUUGUUCGGGCAGGUGGCCGAGGCGGUGCACUACUUGCACUGCUCGAACAUCGCCCACAGGGACAUCAAGUGCGAGAACAUCUUCCUGGUGUCCAGCAAGCGCGUGAAGCUGGGCGAUUUCGGCUUCGCCCGGUACUGCGUCGACGACGGCGGCGACAAAGUGCUGUCGAACACGUUCUGCGGAUCGGCGGCGUACGCCGCCCCCGAGGUCCUGCGCGGGGAGUUCUACGAUCCCAAGAAGUACGAUAUUUGGGCGAUGGGGUGCAUAGUGUUCGUGAUGAUCACCGCCUCGACGCCGUUCGACGAUUCGGACGUUAGGAAAAUGGUGAAGGACCAGAUGAGCAGGAACUUGAGGAAUUUCGAGUAUUUUUGGGAAUGGUGUUCGGUGGAGUUGAAGCGGUUGUUGUUCGCGUUGUUAGAGCCGGAUAAGAAGGCGAGGAUUAAUAGUUUUCAGGUGUUGAAUCACCCUUGGCUCAAGUCGGACACGUGGGGUUCCCGGCCGUUGGUCUCGGUGUCCGAUAGCGUAUUAAUUUAAAUUGUAUGUUAAUAAAUUACGAUUUACGAAUAACGAUUGUAGGUGUUAAUUAUUUGAGUAUAAAACAUGUAAAAUAAAGAUUUUUUGUUUAA